AAAUUAAAAUAAAUAAAUAAAAAUUAUUAAUAAUUAAACCCUUUCCAUCUCUAAAAACAAAAACAAAACCAAAACCUCUCUCACCACUGUUUCUCUAAAAAAGCUGCGCUAAUAAAUAAUCUUACAGCCGAUCACCUCCUGCUGCAGCUGCAGGUUUCCGUCUGCAGGUAAAUUUUAUCAUCCUUGAAUUCUAAUUCCUGGUGCCUUUUACAAGGGUUGAGGUAUCUAAAACAUUGGUUCCAGCAAUAUAGUACAUGUCCACAAUGGAUCUGAAUCGUAGAGGUAUAUCCUGGGUUGGAAAUUUUUUCCAGAAGCUUGAAGCUGUGUGCCAAGAGGUGGAUGAUAUUGUGAGCAAGGAUACAGUUAAAUAUGUUGAAAACCAGUUGCAAAAUAUGGGUGGAAAUGUGAAAAAGUUCUAUUCCGAUGUUGUCCAAGAUGCAUUAGUGGAUUCUGUAAAGCGUGAAGCUCAAGCUGUGGCUUUGAAAAGUAAUGCUGCUAUUGGCACCUAUUUGAAGUCAAUGAUGGGUGAUGAAAAAAAGCAGGAAGUUACUGUCAUAAUGCAAUCAAAUGUGCAGCCUGAAGCAGUUGAUCUUGUGACAAAACAGCUGCCAGAUGCAUUAAAUGGGUCUCACCUUAAAAGUCUAACUCCUCCAACUUCUGUAGAUUCUCUUGAGGAGGCAGUGACAGACAAAACUCUCCAAAAGGUUGAUGAUGUUCCAACAAGAGAAAAUCCAAAUGAGAGCACUGAAGAAAAUGCAAUAGAGGAGUCUGCACCUGAGGUGUUGGAAUUAAAUUCUCCAGGUGAUGAAGAAUCCUCUGAAGCUUUAUUUUCUGGUGAGUUUAAUGUUGAUAAUCAUGAAAAUGCAAUAGAGGAGUCUGCACCUGAGGUGUUGGAGUUAAUUUCUCCAGGUGAUGAAGAAUCCUCUGAAAAUUUAUUUUCUGGUAAGUUUAAUGAUGAUAAUCAUGAAAAUGCAUUUGGAGUUCUGGCUGAGGUUUCACCAGCAUCUUCAUUGCAUAGUGUGGAGUUCCAAUCUCGCCCAAAAAUGGGAACAGUUUGUGAUAGCCUUGUAGAUGUCACUGAGGUUGUUUCUGAUGUUUCAAGUGUUCUUACUUAUUCUGAAACAUCCUUUUCAGUUGUAUAUGGUGAGAAAAUAAUACAAGAGAUGAGGCCUUUAUCUGCCUGCAGUUCCCUGUUAGCAGAAUCUUUUAGUCUGUCUGGAAAAUCACCUGACAACUCCCUGGAUGCAUUAUCUUGUAAUUAUUCUGGCGAAUGUGUUUGUGAUAAUUCCAGUAAGCUCCCCUCUUCUCCACCAGCUCCAAUUAUCUCCUGUAAGAAUAAGUCAGUCGAGUCAGGACUUGGUUCCUCCAGCAGUAUAGUAUCAUUGGAAUCCAUUGAAGAAGACACUUCCAGAAUUAAGGAAAUUUUGUCUCUGAAUGAAUCAUCUGAAUCUGCUCUAGGACAUUCAUAUGACUGGAACAAUGAUAUUAAUGACCCUGAUAUGGAAACCAUUGAAUUGUGUGACAAGGUGAAGCUUGAUGAAAGCUGUGUCAUUGUAGAACCUAGUGAACUUUAUGCUGUCUCUCAUAGAGUGCGAAAGCUCAGAUCGUACAGGAAAAAGAUUCAAGAUGCAUUUGCUUCAAAGAAGAGACUGGUGAAGGAAUAUGAACAACUAGCAAUUUGGUAUGGAGAUGUUGACAUGGGGUCUAGCAAAGAUGGAUCACAACCUCUUUUGACAUCUACCCCUGCAAAAUCCUUAAACUCGAAAAAUUUGCAAUUAGAACUUUCAUAUGACACCGAAUGGGAGCUUCUGUAGAUAAACAAUAAACCUCUGUAUAUAGCUGCAAUUAGACUGGUCAGAGAGUGUAUUUCCUGUGCAGAUGAGGCUCCCACUUUCAAUGUACACAUGCAAAAAUAAGGAAGUUCAAUGACUGUUUCAGUUCUAGAUUAAUAGUAUUCUUUUCUGGUUAAGUUUCGAAAUACUGCAACAUCUUUGGGGUACAAGGUAAUUAUACUCUUUUACUAAUAAUGCAUACAUUAGUACUUGUGGAUGUA